GAUUAAAAAAAAAAGAAAAAGAAAAAGAAAAAGAAAGAAGAAGCAGCACCAUCGCGGAAAUCACGUCAAAGGUAGACUCGACAUCACUCAGUACUCUCCUCUUCCUCCUCUUGCCCAAAGUCCAUCUUAGCUGCUGCUACCCAAAUACCUUCUCUCACCCUAUGUCCGUACCCCCUUUCAGCUUGAUUUUCUGUCUUGUUCCCUUCAGAUGCUUUCCUUUAGAUUUCUCCUCUGAGUGUCAGAUCAAAACACAGAGCUUCGUAUUUACAGUUCUUAAUUAUUUAUUUUGCAGCACAGUAAUUAACGUCUCUUUUCAAGAUUUGACAUCGCAUAAACAGAGGCAGAGAUAGAGACUAAAAAGGAGGAAGAAGAGGGCAGGUGGAGGAUUUGAUCAAUCAUGGCUGACACUAGACGGUACCCUCUUGGUAACCAGCUAGAUAUUCAGCAAAUACUGGUAGAAGCGCAGCAUCGAUGGCUACGACCUGCUGAAAUUUGUGAAAUUCUUAGCAAUUAUCAGAGAUUUCGUAUUGCCCCAGAACCUGCACAUAUGCCUCCAAGUGGUUCACUGUUCCUCUUUGAUCGCAAAGUGCUCAGAUACUUCAGAAAAGAUGGCCAUAACUGGAGGAAGAAAAAAGAUGGGAAAACUGUGAAAGAAGCUCAUGAGAGGCUCAAGUCUGGAAGUGUUGAUGUGCUGCAUUGCUAUUAUGCACAUGGAGAAGAUAAUGAAAAUUUUCAAAGACGCAGUUAUUGGUUGCUUGAAGAGGAACUUUCACACAUUGUACUUGUCCACUAUCGGGAAGUAAAGCAGGGAACCAGGACAAAUUUUAACCGCAUUAAAGAGCAUGAAGAAUGUAUUCCUUACUCUCAAGAAACUGAAGACACAAUGCCCAGUUCAGAGAUGGACACUUCUGUUUCUUCUGGUUUCCACCCUAAUGGUUACCAGGUGCCUACAAGAACUACAGAUACGGCAAGCAUGAAUAGUGCUCAGGCAUCAGAAUAUGAGGAUGCUGAAUCAGUAUAUAAUAACCAAGCCAGUUCCAGAUUUCAUUCAUUUCUUGAGGUGCAAAAGCCUGCAAUGGAGAAAAUUGAUACAGGCUCAUCUGUUCAUUAUGAUCACAUGACAUUUCCAAGCGAUUAUCAAGGCAUAUUGUCAGCUGUUCCUGGGAUGGACUUCAUCUCACUUGCCCAAGUGGAUAAAACUAAAGAAACUAAUGGUACUGAAUCAGCAUGUGAGCCUCAGAAAGUCACUGACUUGCCGUCGUGGGAUGAUGUAUUAGAAAAUGGUGCUUGUGGAAUUGAAUCUGUGCCUUUCCAGACUCUUUUGUCACAAGAUGAUACGGAAGGAAUCAUCCCUAAACAAGAUGGAAUACUGGAGAAGCUUUUAACCAAUAGCUUUGAUAAAAGGGAGGAUAUUGGGAGUCAUAUACUUGAUCAGGAAGCCUGGCAGUCUAUGGACGGUGUUUCUUCACAUCUAUUAAAAUGGUCCGUGGAUCAAAAGUUGCUUCUGGACUCAGGAUACGAUCUCACUGCUAGGUUUCCUGAUGAACAACUUGAUAGUGGCAACCUAAUCAAUACUCUUGAGCCUUUGUGUACACAGGAAAAUGAUAUCCUUAUCCAAAAUGAUCAGGGUAUGACCCUAGAGGGAAAACCAAUGUACUCUUCUUUGGUAAAACAUCAUAUAUUGGAUGGUUCAGGGACAGAAGGUUUGAAGAAGCUUGAUAGUUUCACCCGAUGGAUGAGUAAAGAACUUGGAGAUGUAGAGCCACAGGUGCAGUCCAGUUCUGGGUCCUAUUGGAUUACUGUGGAAAGUGAAAAUGGGGUUGAUGACUCCAGCAAUCCUUCUCAAGGAAACCUGGAUGCAUAUUUGCUUUCUCCUUCUCUCUCCCAGGACCAACUCUUUAGCAUUAUUGAUUUCUCACCCAACUGGGCAUAUGCAGGAACAGAGAUCAAGGUCUUAAUCAUGGGAAGAUUCUUGAAGGGUCGAGAAGCAGCAGAAAACUUCCAAUGGUCAAUUAUGUUUGGAGAAGUUGAAGUUCCCGCAGAGGUUAUAGCUGAUGGUGUUCUUCGUUGCAAUACUCCCUCGCAUAAGGCUGGCAGGAUUCCUUUUUAUGUUACAUGUUCAAAUAGGGUAGCUUGUAGUGAGGUGCGUGAAUUUGAAUACCUCAGCCACACCCAAGAUAUUACUUAUAACUAUAGAGACAGUGUUACUGAAGAUCUUAAUAUGCGAUUUGGAAAACUACUGUCCCUGAGCUCUGUCUCCCCUUCAAAAUAUGACUCGAGCAGUGUGGAUGAGAUUUUGAGCAGUAAAAUCAACUCAUUGCUGAAUGAGGACAAUGAAACAUGGGACCAAAUGUUUAAGCUUACUUCAGAGGAGGGGUUUUCCUCAGAAAAAGUAAAGGAACGGCUUGUUCAAAAGCUACUGAAAGAACAAUUACAUGUAUGGCUUUUGCAGAAGGCAUCUGAAGGUGGAAAAGGCCCUAGCAUAUUAGAUGAGGGUGGCCAAGGGGUGCUACAUUUUGCAGCCGCCCUUGGCUAUGAUUGGGCCCUGGAACCUACUAUAGUUGCUGGUGUAAGUGUCAAUUUUCGCGAUGUUAAUGGAUGGACUGCACUUCAUUGGGCAGCUUCUUAUGGCAGAGAGCGAACAGUUGCAUCCCUCAUCCAUCUAGGUGCUGCUCCUGGAGCAUUAACAGAUCCAACACCCACAUAUCCCACCAGCAGAACACCUGCUGACUUAGCUUCUGCUAAUGGACACAAAGGAAUUUCUGGCUUUCUCGCAGAAUCUGCUUUGAGUGCCCACCUUUCUUCUCUGAAUUUGGAAAAGCAGGACGGCAAGGCUGCAGAAUGUUCUGGAACACAAGCAUCACAGACAGUUUCAGGCUGUAAUGCAACUCCAGUCAAUGAUGCUGACUUGCCAAGUGGACUGCCUCUGAAGGAUUCAUUAGCUGCUGUUUGUAAUGCUACUCAAGCUGCUGCUCGAAUUCACCAAGUCUUCAGAGUUCAGUCCUUCCAAAAGAAGCAGUUAAAAGAGUAUGGUGAUGAUAAAUUGGGAAUGUCACAUGAGCGCGCUCUUUCGCUUAUUGCAGUCAAGUCACAGAAGGCAGGACAAUAUGAUGAGCCUGUUCAUGCUGCAAUACGAAUUCAGAACAAGUUCCGUGGUUGGAAGGGUAGAAAAGAAUUUUUGAUAAUCCGGCAGCGAAUUGUUAAAAUUCAGGCCCAUGUAAGAGGCCACCAGGUCAGGAAAAACUACAGGAAGAUAAUUUGGUCUGUUGGCAUUCUGGAUAAGAUUAUCUUACGUUGGAGACGGAAAGGAAGUGGUUUGCGUGGCUUCAAAUCUGAAGCACUUACUGAUGGUUCCAGCAUGCAAGUUGUCCAGUCGAAGGAUGACGAUGAUGAUUUCCUUAAAGAAGGAAGAAGGCAAACAGAAGAAAGAUCACAAAUAGCCCUCGCAAGGGUGAAAUCCAUGCAUCAGCACCCAGAGGCAAGAGAACAGUAUUGCAGGCUGCGCAAUGUUGUUGCUGAGAUCCAGGAGGCCAAGGCUAUGUGGGAAUGGGCUAACAACUCUGAAGUGAUGGCUGAGUUUGAUGAGCUGGUCGAUCUUGGAACAUCAAUGGAUGAUGACUCUUUCAUGCCUUCAAAUUCUUGAGCCGACCUCGGUUAUCCUAUUUGAAUAGAAGCUGAAAUUUGUUUGUAAAUGUCGUCCCUGUUGAGUCCUAAUUAUUAACUGAAGUAGGUUAGGAAUGUAUCAGAUGGAAGCAGUAGUGCUGUAUUGUCUUGGUGUGCACUGUAAUAAUGUGUAGUCUUGAGUUGUAAUAAGAACACUGAAGUUAAAAGAGGGAAAUGGUAUAUGAUAUGAACAAACUUAAAAAG